AUGUGGCAUAACGGGGGAACGACACCUUCAGAGGCCGCGUACUACACCUCUGUGAUGCAUGACGCUUUGACUACGUUAGGCUCUUUGCAGCAGCAGCUUGAUAAAUUGGAUACUCAUGAGCAUGUGGAAGUCAGGGUUGCGCUUGAGACGAAGAUGAAUAAAGUUCUGCAGGAGCAUCUUCCUCGGUUAAUACAGCAGUUAUGGCGGGAGAUUUGCCUGGUUUUGACACCUGUUGCAUCGUCACAGGGCAGAGAUUGUAUAAUGCGGGUGGAACUUUGGGAUGAACUGGUCUAUCAGUGCGCCCAGCUUUCCUUUUUUAGAUCUAUUUACCAAUUCCUCACUGCAGUGAUUUCUGGACGGGUACUGACGAGUGCGUGUGACACUCCCACGAAGGACCACUGUAUUAAGUGGCUUAUGAAGGAACGAGAGCAUAUAUGGGAAUCGGCGGAGGGUAGAUAUAUAUGUGAGUGGUUGCGUGGGUUAGUGAAAAACACACUUCCUGCCGCAGUGGAUCUUGAGGAAAACGAAGUUGUGCGUCUGCAUCAGUUAGCAGAAAGUGUUGCUCUGAGUAAGGAUGCCUUAUGGGAGCCUUGUUCAGAACGAAUACAACAACAUUCUUUUGAAUUUGGUGCACACCCUACAUUUAUAGAGACAAAUAGAGAUGCGAUUAACGAGGAACAUAUACGACAGGAGUAUCUGAAGUUUUUACGAGCGGCCUGUACUGAUUUGGCGGAAGACCUCCUCUCCCUUGUAAGGCAGAAGGGGUUCUCACAGUCACCUUUCCCUACUGAAACUCAUGUGGGGAUUGAAACUGUCACGAGUGGAAAUGAGGAAAGAACUGGAGCAGUUGAUUAUUGUAAUGGCAGUGGUGGCGUGGGGCCGUUUGCAGCCGCUGCUCUGAUAGCGGGUGACGAUCGCUGGGCGUUCUUCCGCAUCCACCCAAAUGACGACCCGACACUCACUGUUGAGGAAGUUGCUGACCAAGUUCGUGCCUUUUAUGAGAUCUACAAUUCCGCCAAGACUCCACUGGCAUCUAUACUUGCAGAGGGAUACGGCGACGAUUAUGCAGAUCUUUUUGAUUCCCUGGAGCUCCACUACUUUAUUCCUAAGGUGUCAAACGUAUCGGUGGAAGAACUGUGUAUUGCGCCUGACGCGUUUGACAAUCCACCAAAAGAAACAAGCGUUCAUGUUCAUGGGGAACCGGUAGUAGCAGCGGGCGUUGAAGGUGGUGCCCGUGGCGGUACCUGCCUGUCCAUGUAA